CUUGCAGACGCACUGUUGCUCGCCCGUUUCGCUGUUUCGGCUCCGGUACGCAUUCGCCGGGAUGCCCGGGAACCAUGGGAAUACCACUACCCAACUGCAUUUGGGAACCAAUAUGUUGAACAUGGUCCGCAACAUGUCCGCCUGAGGGGAGCCUGUUCUGGGCGGUGAGAGACAAAUGGUGAAAAAUUAAAAGUAAAGCGACUCUCCCCUCAACGCACAGCCGAUUCCUCACCCCAACCCCCCACCCCUCCUCCUUCUCCCCUCCUGAGUCGGAUGGCUCCGAAUGACGAGCUGCAGUAAUGGAAGUCCACCCGCCGUUCAGCACCGUGGCCAUGAAGCAGCUCAAAGGGUAGGGUCUGCCGUGAGCUCGCCUCACCCUACCCACCCUGCACCCCCAUCCCCCAUCAGCUCCACCUGAGAGCACACUCCCACUCUGAAGUGAAUAUUCAUCAUCCUGAACCCUCCCUCCUAUCGCCACCUCGGCCACGGCUUUGGAAGACAAACAUGACGCGCAUUGCGAAGACACUGGUUGAUGUCUGAUAUAUAUACCUCUGAGGUGUCGAGCGUAAAACCAGCGGAGCAAUGAAUGGCGGAAAGGACUGCGAGGCAGGAGAUGAGAGGCAGGCCGUCCCUGUCCAGGUCCCCAUUGGCUGGCAGCGCAAGACAGAGCAUGGUGGAGGGGUCGUGUACAUAAGUCCCAGUGGCUCGGUGCUGUCCAGCUUGGAGCAGGUGAGGACCUACCUGCUGACAGAUGGAACCUGCAAAUGCGGCCUGGAGUGCCCACUCAUCCUCCAAAAGGUGUUCAACUUCGACCCCGGGGCAGCUGUCAAACAGAGGACAGCGGAGGAUGUGAAAGCAGACGAAGAUGUCACCAAACUCUGCAUUCACAAGAGGAAGCUGCUGGCUGUGGCCACACUGCACAAGAGCAUGGAGACGCACCCGCCUCUGGCACUGACCAGUUCAGGAGGAGGUACAUCAUCUGUGGUUGCUGUGCAUUCCACAACUCAACGAGCAAUAAGGACUAAACCCCACGAUGGCGUGCCCAACUCUGUUGGCCCUGACUGUAAGAACCCUUUCAAGGUGAUGAUGGCAGGCGGACAGCAGCAGCAGAGGCUGUAUCCACCCCAGGAGUUGGGUGGAGCCCAGCAGCCAGAGCAUUACCCUGGGUACCCCAGGCUGCAGAGGCUGGGCAGCGGGGAGCCAGGCCCUAAAUCCCCUUACCGGUCCGGGUAUGGAGGCAUGUUGAGCCCACCUCCAUCUGGUGCUAAGCUUUAUGGAGAUGGCUCGCAGUCUCCCAGUACAGAAACUCUGGGCAGCCCUGAGGGCUUUACAAGGACCAAUCCUUGUGGGUUUCCAGGAGGCGGUAGCCCUGGCUCAGCCUCUAUCCACGGAAACACUAGGACACCUCUUUCCCCGCCUAGUGUGAUGCUUCACGGCUCCCCAGCGGGCCAGCCAUCGUGUGCCAUGACAGGAAGGACUAGCACGCCCCUCUCCCCAACGGCCACUGCCAAAAGCCCUGUCAUUAACAUGAACAUGCCGCGGGGGAACUUCCCCCCUGGUAUGGAUAUGCCCCGUGCAACAUUUCACCAUAAAACACAGCCCCCUGUGCACCCUGUACCGCCCCCUCCAUCCAUACCGCCAUCCUGUGCCCUCCAGAAAAGGCAGUUAACGUCUGAAAAGGACCCCUUAGGCAUCCUGGACCCCAUCCCUAACAAGCCAGUCAGCCUGACUCCCACCAAUGCCCCAACACCCUCCAACUUCCAGCCUAACAUCCACUCUCAGGUACCAGUGAUGAAUGUAAACAUACCCCCUCCCGCCAUUGUUCCCUUGCCAAGCAACUUACCGUUACCCACAGUGAAGCCUGGGCCUGUGGGUCAUGGUGGCCAUGUUCAAAGGACUCAGCAGGGUGGUCCGGCUUCCUCCAUGUCUCCCUCCCCCGUUACCUCACCUGUCCACAUGGCUGGGCCUGCGCUUGGGAGAAUAGAGGCCUCCCCUCAUCGCUCGCGUUCAUCCUCCACCUCCUCUGACCACGGUAACUUUGCGAUGCCCUCGGGACAUCAGGCCCCGUGUGGCACCAUAAAGGUUCCUCCUCGUUCCCCUCGAUCAGCUAUGGGGUCUCCCAGGCCCGCCAUGCCCUCCAGCCCCUCCACUAACAAAACCGAUGCACUCCAUCAGUACAAAGACUCCCAGCUGCUGCCCGGUAUGGCAAAUUCAAUUGGCGCCCAGCAGCACGGCAAUCCCAUGUACUCUCCAACCUCUUCCUCCUCCUCGUCAUCUUCUCUGGCCACGCCCAGUGCUUCCCAGAAGGGUCACCCGGGACUCCUGGGGAUGCCCCUCAACCAGAUCCUCAACCAACAGAAUGCCGCUUCCUUCCCCGCCAGCAGCCUCCUGUCAGCCGCAGCCAAAGCACAGCUAGCAAAUCAAAACAAACUCAGCGCUGCUGGCAACAGCACUACUGGCAUGGCUGCUGGUGGUGUUGGUAUGUCAGGCAUGGGGGCAGGUGGCGGAGGUAAUGGAGGGGGUGGAGGGCAUCCUGGCCCCGUGAGUGGCCCUCGAGGCAUGGAAGGACACAGCACUUUAAAUCCCAUGCUCCCGCCAAACUCCACCAUGCUGCUCAACACUCCUGAGGGCCAGAGCGGCCGGGCAGCUCUCAGAGACAAGCUCAUGGCCCAGCAGAGGGAUCCCAUGCGCAAACGAAAGCAAUCAUCCGGGAGCGGUGCCGUAAACCAUGACAACAAUAUGGUGUAUAGCAUGCUCAGCAAGCCAGGCAUAGGAGGACACCACAUGCCGGGCCCCAGUGCCACUGAGCAGCUACGAAAAGUGGGACGACUCGGAAACCUUCACCCGAACACCUCCAUGGCCCAGCUUCUUCAGUCCAUGAGCAGCCACAGUUCUCACAACCUGGCAGGCAGUGGUCAUCGUCCAGGUCUAAACCCCGGACCGGCAUCCGGCGCUUCAGGAGUCGCACCGCUACACUACAACGACAAUACCGGCAUGGUCCCCGGUGGCACUCAGCAGAACCUCCUUGUCCAGCAGAGGCUGCGGGGUCCAGGGGAAACCCUGCAGCACUGCCAGAACAUGGACACCUCUGGGGGCCACCUGGGCCCACGUCCAGGCCAGUUCCCGGACAUGAUGGCUCAGAUGCAGGCAUCCUCCAUGAGUAACUGUGGGCCUAUGGGGCCAGGCGGCACACUGGUGGGACCUGACGGCAUAGCGCUGGGGCGCCCAAACACUAACCCCCCACCACUAUCGCAUCCUGGCCCCCACCCCUCACAGCUUCAUAGCAUGGGACGGACUAACAUGGUGAUUCCACAUGGAGGUGGUGAUGGAAGCUGUACCCAGAGCGUCUCCGAGACAGGAAACCCCUCGUCACUUGGAUGUGGAAUGGGCGCUCUACAGCCACAUGUCAACGCCGGUGGAGGUCAGAUGUACCCGCAGCAGGUCCAUCAGGGCAUGCAGCAAGCAGUGGUAUCUCAUCCUGCCUACCAGGGGCAGCAGCACUUCUCCGACAACCCGCCCUACGCUGACAGCAACAACGCCAACUCCGGCUCCAUGGCCUGCCUCUACCAGAACUACCAGCAGGGGAUGCUGCCACACCCACAAUUUGGGGAGGAGCAGCAGCCCCAAGGUGAGGGACUUCCAGCGGGUACGCCUAGCUCUGACAGAGCCCCCGGCGGAGGGCCAGAAUCUGUGGACGCCAUCUACAGAGCUGUUGUGAACGCAGCCAGCAAAGGCGUACAUGUAACCAUCACCACGACAGUGAGCGGGACAACGCAGGCGAGUCCAGUGCACGCCCUCAGUGCCAUGAGUGCCUUCACUGCCUCCAUAAGGGAACCUGUCAACCUCCCCCAGGCAGUCAGCGCAGUCCUGCAUGGGCACCAGGAAGGGGAGACCAUACCCCAGCAAGCCAGAGUGCGGCAGGUGAGGCCUGGGCGGGGUCAGAAGAACAUGGAUCCAGGGAAAAGCACUCCGGAUGGCCCUGAAGCCAAUGAUUACUUCCGUUCUCCUGGACGCGGGACUCCCAGGGGGCAGUGGGACGGGGAGACUCAUCAUGGGGGAGGCUUUGACAGUCAGAACAACAACAACGCCUGGGGUGGUGAGGAGUUCCUGGAGUGCUCGACCCAAGUAAGGAGUAGUCCCUGCAUGGAGAGACCUGCCAGUCUGGCCCCUGCGCCACCCUGCCCCACCGAUGGGUCCAACGACCACAGCCUGGUGAUGGCCCACGAUAAGGCCUACCUCGAUGAUAGCUUCCGGUUCAACAACUGCGGUCGGGCACCAGCUAACUACAAGGAACGUCUGGAGCAGACGGUGGAACGUUGCGCCCAUCUCAACGGCACCACGCCCCACUUCAACACCCGGGGCUACGGAGAAGUCCUGGGCCCUCCACGGCAGGAUGACGACCAGUCACCCAGCUCCUCCACGAGCCUGGAGGGCCCUCUGGCUACAGCCAAAGACUACAGCCACUACAACGGCCACUUCAAUGGAAUGGCACCCAGCCCUUCGGACACGAAGAGCCUGAGCAGUGAGGAGGACCUCCGGCAGCCAGACUCGCCCUCAUCGGAGCUGCUCCACUACCGGUCCAGGACCUUCAACAUGGGAGAGCUGGUCUGGGGCCAGCUGAAGGGCUUCCCGCCGUGGCCUGCAAAGCUGGCCGGGGAUGAGCAAGUGCACAGCGCUGCCAUGCAGCUGCGGGAGCAGGCCAAGGUAGAGCCAGAGAAGCUGAAAACACUAACUCAUGACUUGGAGGCAUUCGACCGCGCCGCCAAAAGAGGCCUAAAACCGGGGAAACUGAAUAAUCACUUGGAAGCUGCUAUCCAUGAGGCCAUGAGCGAGCUAGACAAGAUGUCGGGCACAAUCCCGUCGAGGGAUCGUCAGGUGAAGCUCCCCAAGCCGAAGAGGAGGAAGAUAUCCAGAUAACAUUGAAUGUGUUGGCCCAAGAACGUCCUCAGAGCCUUUCGGAGACUUUGUCCGUUCAGCCUUGAUGCGAUCUGAGCUCUCUAACAGGUGCUACACGUGGACUUUCAGUGGUACAUCGUUGUUCCAUGAUAUCAACUUGACUUAAUGACUGACCACAGAAGGUGCUGGAAAUUCCAAUCACCACUACAGUUUAUAGACUGUAGGAAAAAACAUGAAUACAGAAAAACAUCAAAAACGGUUGCAAUUUGUCUACAGCUCACUGAAUUAACUAUUUUUUUCUAGUAUAAGAUAGUAAAAUAAACAAAAAAAGCUACAAGCAUUACCUUACAUAUUUAAGAAAAAUAGACAGUCCAAAUAUUUCUGAUACAUUUUCAAUAUGUAUAUAGAUAAUCCUGAAAUUUCAUGCUAUUAAGAAUUGUAUGUAAAUAUUGUACAAUGUCAUGUACAACCGUACCUAAUGCACAUUUUAUCUUUUAUUGUACAAAACAAAGCAGAAGUGUACCAAUGUCUUGGUUUCUAUUCAGAAAUGCGGUCGCAUAUGGCCGCAUGCAUAGGAUAAAUAAGAAUACAGCCUAAAGCUUUUA